AUGUGCCAGGGGAUGGAGAAGGCGCUGACCACGCCAGUGAUGAAGAAGGAGGAGGCAAAGCUGCGUGCGGGGAAGCGCAGCCAGUGCCGGCAGCUCUUCCGCUCGUCCUGGCUGCCCGGCAGUGUCCCCAGGCCCGUCCUGAAGCGGGGACGGCCCUCGCACAGGGGCACCCCUGUCAAGGCUAAGAAGCAGAAGAGGGUGUCUGGCAGUCCUGACCAGGAGGCGUCGGUGCAGUUGGUGGGUGAUGGGGAAGGGGAGGAGUGGGACCAGCCUGGAGUGGGGCUGGAGCCUUCCAGAUCCGCCCAGCUUGAGGAGAUGGAGAAAGUGCUGGCCAGCGAUGAGCAGGAGCUCAUUGGGGACUUCUCCAUGCCUCACCUCCUGCCGACGGUGGAAGGGAAGGACCCAAGCCUGAAGUACAUCUCCCCUGGCACGCUGGUGGCAGUGCUGACGGGGCACUUCAGCAGCUUCCUCGAGAGCAGCAUCGUGGUGGACUGCCGGUACCCCUACGAAUACGAGGGGGGCCACAUCACGGGUGCUGUCAACCUGCCGCUGCAGCGGGAUGUGGAGGAAUUCCUGCUGGAGCAGCCCAGUGUGGCGCUGGACAGCAGCAAGAGGGUGAUCGUCAUCUUCCACUGCGAGUUCUCUGUUGAAAGGGGCCCCAAAAUGUGCAAGUUCCUGCGGGAGAGGGAUCGGUCCUGCCACGAGUACCCGCAGCUGCAGUACCCUGAGCUCUACGUCUUGAACGGGGGGUACCGCGAGUUCUUCUUCCAGUUCCCGAGCCACUGCGAGCCCCGGGACUAUCGGCCCAUGGCGCACCCGGCGUUCAAGGAGGAGCUGCGCAAAUUCCGCGGGCAGAGCCGGCGCGGCCGGCGGGAGCUCUUGGUCCGCGGGCGGGACCUGUGA